AUGGGCAUGGCCUUCCUCCCAGAGAUUGAAGCCGGCACAUUCAGCUAUUACGCCAAUCCAAGCGCAUUGAAGCAUAUUUUGGAGGUUUUCGAGCGGAUACUGGCACAAAAAAGGAAAAUGAAUCCCAGUCCGGGAGGUGACAACAUCGAAGAGACCCUGGUGUCGGCCUUGGAGACCAUGAUGAACAAUAUAUAUUAUGACAACCUGUACCAACGUGCUGAGAGGUGGCGCGGAACGUUGAGAAGGCCAGUCGCAGAUCCUGAAGCUCGCCCAGCCACGGCAAACAGCAACCUUGACUCCCCAUCGGAUCAUAUUGCGCAGGUGUUGAGUCUGUUUCCAGAGCAUUUGAGAAAGGAUCUGGGAAAAGGACGCGCAUAG